CAAUAAUAUUUGGAGAGUUACAAGUGGCUGCGGUCUGCAGCACACACUGAGACGCAUGACCAAUGAGCUCUCUCUUGCGCACGUGCGGACAGUGAUCCUCGUUGUUUGUGCACGACUUUAAAGCUCAACAGUUCAACGAAGUUGGUGGCCAGAGUUGAAACGGUGCAGGAUGGGACUGGAGCUUGAAGGCAGUGCGGAUGCUUAGGUUUCUGAGAACGCAAGCGGCGCUUCGUGCCAUUGCGCUCAACUUCUUUACUCCCUGCAAACGCACCGCAGCCGAAUUACAGAGUGGACUUUACUGAGCAGAAGCAGCGAUGGCGAUACUCAUUAGUUCUUUGAUUAUUGUUACAAAAUUCAUACUUUAUUCGAAACUAACAUAUUGCAUGGAGGUAGAUUUCUGCAUACCUGUUCGCGUGGAUCAUCAAAAACAUGACAAGCAUCUGCACGAACGUGCGGAGCAAAUGAAUGAAAGGCAGGUUGUUUUUAAACUAAACGCAUUCAAACAGGAGUUUUACCUCCACCUCACGUCGGAUUCCAGCUUCCUUGCACUGGGAAGCUUUCCGUCUGAGAGCGGCUCCUCGGCAUCCAACGCCACUGCAACCACAGACCUCAGGGAAUGCUUCUACUCCGGUGAUGUCAACGCAGACCCGGACUCCUUCGCUGCGCUCAGCCUCUGCAAAGGUCUCCGCGGGGGUUUCUCCUAUCAGGGCAUGGAAUAUCUCAUCAGCCAGACCUGGACUGAAGACGCAGCGGCCGCGUCUGGAUAUGGAAACUCUUUCGACAAGACGCAUGUCAUCCGCCGCCUGAAACGCACUGCGCACUUAGGGAGUAACUUCACCAGCAGGUGUGGAGUUAAGCCUGACAACAACUUCAACAUUUCCCUGGACAAAUACAAGCACAUGAGCGAAUUACAGACUGAUGAUUUAACUGAAACUGUGUUGAAAACCUUGGGGAGAGCCAAGAGGUUUGCCUCCAUCCCCAGGUUUGUGGAGGUGCUGGUGGUGGCGGAUGAAUCUAUGGCUAAAUUUCACGGGGAUGACCUGAAGCAUUACCUCCUGACCCUGAUGUCAGUAGCAGCCAGGCUUUACAAGCACCCCAGCAUUCUCAAUUCCAUAAACAUAGUGGUGGUGGGCUUCAUGGUGAUAAAUGAAGAUGACAAGGGACCUAAGGUUUCUAGUAAUGCAGCCCUGACUCUGCGCAACUUCUGCUCCUGGCAGAAAAAGUUGAAUAAACACAGCGACAAGCACCCAGAGUACUGGGACACUGCCAUACUGUUCACCAAACAGGAUCUGUGCGGGGCCACAACCUGUGAUACACUGGGGAUGGCUGAUGUUGGGACCAUGUGCGACCCGAAGCGGAGCUGCUCUGUCAUUGAAGAUGAUGGCUUACCUUCAGCUUUCACAACUGCCCAUGAACUUGGCCACGUCUUCAACAUGCCCCAUGACAAUGUCAAAGCAUGUGAGGAGGUAUUUGGGAAACUAAAGGACAACCACAUGAUGUCUCCCACACUGAUUCAGAUCGACAGGAGCAGGCCCUGGUCUGUGUGCAGUGCAGCCAUCAUUACUGAGUUCCUGGACAGAGGUCAUGGAGACUGUCUGCUGGACCAACCUCAAAGGCAGCUGUCUCUCUCAGACAACUUACCUGGUUCCAGCUACAGCUUGCACCGUCAGUGUGAGCUUGCCUUUGGCCCUGGCUCAAAGCCCUGCCCAUACAUGCAGCCCUGCUCCAAGUUGUGGUGCACCGGAAAGGCCCGUGGCCAGCUGGUCUGCCAAACCCGACACUUCCCUUGGGCGGAUGGUACCAGCUGUGGUAACGGCAAAGUCUGCUACCGAGGAGCCUGCGCUGAUAAGAACAGCACCAUACACAUCAAGGUGGAUGGCCGGUGGGGGAAGUGGGGUGCAUUUGGAGACUGUUCCCGAAGUUGUGGUGGAGGAGUUCAGCUGGCCCAGAGAGAGUGUAACAACCCUGUCCCUGAGAAUGGAGGAAAAUACUGCUACGGCCUUCGCAUCAAAUAUCGUUCAUGUAACCUCAGCCCUUGUCCUGAAACAGGUAAGAGUUUCCGUGAGGAGCAGUGUGAGGCAUUCAAUGGCUUAAACCUGAACACCAACAGAUUGGGUUCCUCUGUGGUUUGGGUUCCCAAAUAUUCGGGGAUCUCUCCCAAGGACAAAUGCAAGCUCAUCUGCCGUGCCAAUGGGACUGGAUACUUCUAUGUCCUUGCCCCAAAGGUUGUGGAUGGGACGCCCUGCUCACCUGACACUUCAGCUGUAUGUGUUCAAGGAAAAUGCAUCAAGGCAGGUUGCGAUGGCAAGCUGGAUUCUAACAGGAAGUUUGACAAGUGUGGUGUGUGUGGUGGGGACAACCAGGGCUGCAAGAAGGUCUCAGGAAUGUUCACCAAGCCUAUUCACGGCUACAACUUUGUGGUGACGCUGCCUGUUGGAGCUUCCAAUAUUGACAUCCGUCAGCGCGGCUACCGAGGAAUGGUCAGUGAUGAAAACUACUUAGCUGUGAAGAAUCGGCACGGCAAGUACCUGCUGAAUGGGAAUUAUGUGGUGUCAGCUGUGGAGCGCGAUCUGCUGGUGAAGGGCAGCUUACUGCGCUACAGUGGCACCACCACCUCUGUGGAAAUUCUUCAGGCCACCAGACCCCUGCAGGAGCCUCUGACUGUGGAGGUGCUCUCUGUAGGGAAGAUGACUCCUCCCAGGGUGCGCUACUCCUUCUACAUAUCCAGGGAGAGCAAGGAGGAGAAGACCUUGCGGAAAGAGGACAGAAGCCACGCAGCGCAGAAUAGUGUCUUGGCAGACAGUAAUAGGGUGGAAGCUAAGAAGCAGAUGAUGGGUAAGAGGCCAGUCAGUCAUUGGGUGACAGGGAGUUGGAACUCGUGCACAGUGACAUGUGGGAAUGGUCUGCAGAAGAGGCUGGUGCAUUGUCAGAGCAUGGAGGGGCGUGCUGCGGUGGACUGUGACAGUGCUGACAGACCUGUGGCAGUGAGAGCAUGUGGGGAUCCAUGCCCCGUGUGGGAUGUAGGGACCUGGUCUCACUGUUCCAAGUCAUGUGGAAGGGGCUUUAAAAGACGGCCAGUGCGCUGCAUGACCGAGAAUGGUCUGAAUCUCCCCAGAGACCACUGCUCUGGAAGGAGAAAGCCUCAGGAACUGGACCUCUGCAACCUGAAGCCGUGUUAGAACAGAACAGACAUAGCACAAGGACUUUAUUUUGUCAUUCCAGAUGGUGAUUUGAUAUGAACCUUAGCCAAAAUCACCAUGAUAACGACUCAUGGCUGUUUUGGAUGGAAAUACUCUCAAUUGCGGCCCAACUGUCUGAAGGGGCUCCUGCUACACCAAGGAAAGCCAAUGGAGGCAGAGGAAAGGACACCCUCCAUUGUUUGAAUAGACAGACAUCUGUUUACAUAAGAAAAAAGAAGGAAAGCUGUCUUCUUGCAAACUGUCAAACCAUCUGUGGCAGGUUUGACUUGUGGUUAGUCUACCUCUACCAGGAUGGCAAAGAUGGCAAAAUGCCUUAGCAUAAACAAUAAAUAAGAGAGGAGAAAGAUGCUGAGACAGUGAUCACGCACAUCUGCACACAAACAUAGUCUCUUGUUAGAGUAACAUAUCUAGCAAGAACUUGCAAAAGCAGAAAGAAGUGAAAGUUCAAGGACAAGGAGAUAAAGCACACGCAGAGGUACAACCUCAACGCUCACACUGUGCAGUUAUCAGCAGCAGAUAUCUCACCUGUGAAUUGACAUUUUUCUCCUUUUACUGAAGAACUCAUCAGAAUGUGAAACAAAGUACUGUACCAUUCAUGCAGGUCCAUGCAGUUUUAACAACUUUCUUUGCUAUUUGCUGUAGCAUUUGAUGUGGAAAAAUCAAAACCAGCAGAUUGUUACACUCCCAGGCAGAGGCAGAUCAUCUUAGCGAAUGGCUUUACAAGCUUUAUAUCCUUGGUCAACAGUAUAGUCCAUAUAUUUGAUAGAAUCCUUAUAAAUUCAAUCAAAGAAUUUCUGAAUUUUACUAGACCAAAAAUCUAAAAGAUUUUUUUUAGAAGAGGAAAAUGAAUUUAGUUAGACCUAAGAUCUUAGAAUAAUCUAUUUAGUAAAUGUAGGCUGUUUGUAUGGUGCAAUCAUUAUGCAUCUGUGUCUGUUCUGUGUAAACCAAACCAAACCAAUCGUUGCUCCGCUAUUUGUUCAGUGUUGCCAAAGAGUUAGAACCUUCAAUAAAACCUUAGUACUGUGAGAGACCUCUCUGCUUGAACUGGACAGAAGCAUGGCUUGCUCAAAGUACCUUCGCUGUACAUUUCUAUCACCACCUUAAAAGUCCAUCUGAAAUGAAAGUACACUGUUUUGUCUGCUAAAGCAUACAAACAUGCUCUGUACAUCACUUGUCCUGUGCUUUAUAUUUUAGAAUUUUUUGUUUCAUGGGGUGGCGCCCACAGUUUUGAUCAUCUACACAGUGCAGAUUGGACAUUAUUUUUGGCUACAAAAAGGGAUGACUAAAUGUGACUGCAGUUGGACUUCAGCUGACAAAUCAAACGGCCAGUGUUUCCUGCUUUUUUCUCUCUUAUGUGAAAGAAAAUGUAAUCUUUCUAGAUUUUGGACUGUUUGUUUGAUAGAAGAGACAAUCUGAAGAUUUCACCUUGUACUGUAGGAAAUUGCAAUUGACUUUUUUUGUUUUUUGACAGUAUAUAGAUCAAGUGACUCAUGUAUCAAAAGAUCCGUGCAGCUUUCUCAAAUCACUUCUACAGUACACCACUUCUUUACUAAGUAUCUGUAUGUUCACUAUGCUAUAUUCAUAAAAGGAAUUGAUCAGCUGUUAAGACAAAUAAAAUAUUAAUUUCACAAUAAUAUUGCAAGAUGAAGACACUGCUUUCAGGCCAAGUUUUGUGCUCAAAAUAUGCUUUUUAUUAUUGAUGUUAAGUAUCACUGCAAUAUUCUGCAAAAAAAAAGUAGCUGUUUGCUCUGUUGCUGUGAGUGAAAUGCUGGUUGUCUAGUGGCAUUUCCUCAGCCUUCACAAGCUUCUGUCCUGCUGCAUGGCUGCUUCACCUCAGGCCCUUAAUGAAAAGACAUAAUGCGAAUGUUGUGUAUUAUUGUCAGCCUAUCAUUGUACUGUCACAGCCAUCAAUAUGUAUAUGUUUUGAUUAUUUACUCUGGUGUUACACUUACUUUCUUCAGUGAACUGCUGAGUAAAGCCUGCUGUACACACAAACAAAAAAGAAGGCUUAUUGUCUCACAUCCUUGAUGAAAUUAAAGGAAAAAUGCACCCUAAACCACAAGCCGUCACCAAACCUUUAGGCAUUCCACUUUUCAGCUGUUUUGAAUUUGAAUGGGAUUGUCUUCAUUGGACAGGUGUUCCUGCAUUCGUGUGUGUGUAGUUGAAUUGAAAAUGGAUCAGCAGUCUUAAAAAUAUAUGUAUAUUUAAGUUUCGGUGUCACAUACUAAGAUUUGAAGUGUAUGGGGCACUGUCUGGACCGUUUUACAUGAUUAGAAAAAUGAAACACAAAGAAAUUCUUUCACCACCUCUAAUAUUAAAACUUCCAAUUUCAACACUCAUUAUAAAAUAAUACCUGGAAUGGAACAAACAUCACAAAAACUAUUUGUAUUUGAAGGUGGAAUUGUCUUUUCAGCUCUUGGACAUAAUGCCAACAAGUCUUUCAACAGAAAAUUAAUUUUGCUCUUCAUUUACAGUCUGCUUUGGUUCACACGGGACCAAUUAUACCAUCUAAAAGAUGGUACUGUACAGUUUUUUUCUCUCAUAACAUGUACAGACAAUGUUAUUUUUUAUUGUUGUCUUUUGUAUUGUAUACUAUGUAUACAUUCAUCUAGCUGUAGUAAAUAAAAUGUAUGAAUAAGAAUAUAACCA